UGGAUAUCGGACAUGCUGAGUCUUGUCGCAGCUGGCGCAUGGCUGUGGACAUAGAGCAGCACGUUUGAGCAGAAAACCACAAAACGCGACCUGCGGAUGACGCACAGCGCACGGACAUUUUUUGGACUUAGUAUGAGGGCAAUUUUUGACGAGGGAAAAAAGCUGAUAAUCAUAAUCUGGGCAUCGAUGAGAUUUGGCAUUCGCGCGGACAAAUGAAAACUUUUUGAGCGAGACGUUCGCCUCAAUUUGAUUGAUCUCUAGCAAGUCGGGAUCAUUGUUCUGCAUCAUGUCCGCAGCAGCGGAGGCCACGCCGAACUGCAAAGUUGUAUCCGCAAACGUCGUCGCCAAAAAGCUGAUCGCAGAAGUUAACGAUGGCCUAAAGGGGCUGGGAAAAGCUCCGCUGCUCGUGGGGUUUCUGUCAAGUGCAGACCCAGCAGCACGAACAUACGCGGACUGGACAGCAAAGACAUUCAAAGACAAUGGCUUUGCAUUCGAGCUCCGCGAAAUUGACCGCGACCUCCUCGAAGACGCCAUUAUUGAGGCCAACCACGACUCGAAUGUCGGCGGCAUCAUCGUCUACUACCCUAUCUUUGGCAACCGUCAGGACCAGUAUCUGCAGCAGAUUGUAGACAUCUCUAAGGAUGUCGAAGGGCUCUCUCACCGCUACUUGUUCAACAUGUACCAGAAUAUCCGCUAUCUGGACGGGGCAGAGCACAAGAAAAGUGUGCUGCCCUGUACGCCCCUAGCUGUAAUCAAAAUUCUCGAGCAUCUGCAGGUGUACAACACUAUCCUGCCCUAUGGAAACCGACUUCAUGGCCACACCAUCACAGUGAUCAAUCGAAGUGAAGUCGUAGGCCGUCCGCUCGCAGCACUGCUCGCAAACGACGGCGCAAACGUGUACUCCGUCGACAUCAAUGACGUGCAGCAAUUCACUCGUGGGGAAGGAUUGCGCAAGAAAAGACACGAGGUGACUGAGCUUCCAGGCUGGACAGUGGCAGAUUGCCUUCCCAAGAGCGACGUCGUAAUCAGUGGUGUGCCGGGAGAUAAGUUCAAGGUACCCCUGAACUACCUUCGUGAAGGUGCAGUGUGCAUCAAUUUCUCGAGCGACAAGAACUUUGCUCCUGAGGUGAAACAAAAGGCCUCUAUCUAUGUUCCGGCCAUUGGAAAAGUCACAAUAGUUGUGCUUAUGAGGAACCUCCUGAGGAUCAUCCAGAACCGGCAAGAGUCUGAGACACGACCUGCUGACGCUGUAGAGAAGAGCGGGACCAUAGAGGAAGCAGCUCCUGCUUGAUCAACUCAGAUUUGGAAUGUAGAGAUCUGUUCAUACCCACCUGCAAAUCACAGGAAUACGACAAAAAGCCUAUUGACAGCCGUUAUAGACGAUAAUUUCACAUCUACCACCUUGUUCAUCAGCAGCCGCUCUGUCGACUGCGAAGACUAUACAUUGACCUUACUGACACGCUUCACAUAUCCAUAAAAAAGAUCGCGGCAAAGAAUACACAAUUAUGAC